AUGAGAGACCUGGAGAAUCCCUCCAUCGCUACCGAAUAUGUUGGUCAUAAGGCACAAGCUACUGUUGCCCGAUAUAGCCCUAGCGGUUAUUACAUGGCUUCAGGAGACGCUAACGGCAAUGUCCGUAUUUGGGAUACUGUAAACGAAGAGCACAUUCUGAAGAACGAAUGUAGACCCAUCUCUGGCAAGAUUUCCGACAUUGCUUGGGAUUGCGAGAGCAAACGUCUUAUUGCUGUUGGUGAAGGCAAAGAAAGCUUUGGCCAUGCCUUCUUGUUUGACACAUUAUCUUCAGUGGGCGAAAUUACCGGUCAUUCCAAGAUGAUAAAUAGUGUUAGUAUUCGUCAACAACGUCCUUUCCGCGCUGUCACUGCUUCGGAUGAUAUGACAGUCAGUUUCUUUACAGGCGUGCCUUUCAAAUUUCAGAAGAAUAUUCGUGAUCAUACACGAUUUGUGCAUGCAGUUCAAUUCUCUCCCAACGGUGACUUCUUUGUCAGCGCCGGUGCCGAUGGUAAAAUGUUUCUGUAUGAUGGAAAAACCGGCGAUAAGAUUGAAGAGUUAGUGAGCGAACAAGAUGGCCAUAAGGGCAGUAUCUUUGCCGUUUCAUGGUCUCCCGAUAGCACCCAGAUUCUGUCUUCUUCUUCUGAUUAUACAGCAAAGAUAUGGGAUGUGAAUACGAAGCGCAUCGUGAAUACCUUUCAAAUUGACUCAGCUGUUAACACUGUAGACAACCAACAAGUGGGUAACCUGUGGGUGGUCGAUUAUUUAAUUACAACUUCAUUAUCUGGAGAAAUAAGUUAUUUGGAUAAGAAUAGCGGUAAAGUAUCAAGACAAGUGGAUGGUCAUGCUAAAGCAAUUACUGCGUUGGCCGUAUCCAAAAAAGACAAUACGCUAUUUACUGGUUCCUACGACGGACGCGUAUAUGGUUGGAAAUUUGGAGAAGAAGAUAAUACCACAAAAGCGAGACGUAUCGCAGGAGAUGGGCAUAGUAAUCAAAUUACGGCUAUUAAUGCAUCAUCUGACGCUGAGGAAUUUUUCUCUGUUGCCAUGGAUGAUACCCUACGUCAAGGAUCUGCUGAGGAGUUUACUUUCAGUGACAAAGCAAUUUCCACAAACUGUGUGCCAAGAUCUUUGGCAAUCUCGAAGGAUAAAAUCAAAGUCGUUGCAACAGACGAGACAGUUUUAAUUUACGACGAAAAACUCGAAAGGAUCGGAUCACUUGAAAAUGUAGACUUUAAGCCUUCUGUAGCCGAUAUUAGCUCUGACGGUAAAACAGUAUUUGUUGGAGGACAGGAUAACAAAGUGAGAAUGUAUCAAUUAGAUAAUGGCAAAUUAACAGCUUCCGGAGAGUUGGAUAAGAAUCUUGGUAACAUAACUUGUCUCGCAGUCCAUCCCGAGCUGAACUUGAUUGCGGUGGGUGAUAGCGUUGGUAAAAUAUUUGUAUACGACAUUGAGUCUAAGGAUGCCGUGAUUCAAAGCUGGGUGUUCCAUACCAGUCGUAUUACUGCUUUGGAUUGGUCUGAUUGUGGUACUUAUUUAGUCAGCGGUAGUAUUGAUACCCAUAUUUACAUUUGGAACCGUGAUAAGCCAUCCAGAAAGAUUGCUAUCAAGAAUGCUCAUGUGGACGCUGUGAACAGUGUCCGCUUCCUGCAUAAUACAACUGAGUUGAACGUUGUUUCUGUUGGACAAGAUGCUGCUGUCCGUGUCUGGGAAGGAAAGUUCUAA